AUGUCGCGAAUAAAUUUGAUGAAAAAAAAAAAACUGAACUUCAGCUGCCAACGAUUCGUUUCAAUUCAAUCAGUUGCAAACAUGGAAUCGGUCCUUAAUACUACUUUGGGUGCACGUUUGAGUGCUUACUUAGUCACAGCUGAUGAUUUCAAGAGACAUAGAAUUAGAGUCAAUAAAAGAAUUCUUAAACUACGUCGUGAUUUAAACUUGGUCACUAAGGAUACCAAGAAUUACAGCGCAAAGGAACAAACAUCAAAGAUUACACCACAACAAUACGAUGAAAACAAGGACUAUGGAUUGAUCGAGUUACUUUUAGCUGAGAGAGAUAUGUUGUAUGCUCACGAAAUUAAAGCUAAAUUGGACAUUAACAGUGAAAAGUCGUCAUCAUACACUACUUUGUUGAAAACCAAGAUGAAAAGGGCAUUAUUCCACGUUGAUAACUUGAUAAAAUUGACUGCAGGUGAAACCAAUGAUAAGAUCAAAAUCGAGGUAUGCAUCUACGCGGCAUUGGUGGCUGGUCAAUUAUCGAUAACGAGGAAACAAUGGUUAAAUGCGUUGAAUGCCUUUUCAAUAGCAAAAUGCAGUUUGGAUUACUUGAACUCACAGGAUAGCGAUAAGGAAUCAUUUAGCAAGACAUUGUGUAAUGAACUACUUGAGAACACAGUUGAUCCUUCUUUGAACUUGGCAGCAUCGCAAUUGGAUGACGUUCCUUCAACCGAUUUGAAAACAUUAUCAAGAAAGUAUUGUCAUGAAAAUUCAUUCCCUGAAAUUUCACCUGUACUCAACUUGAUUGAUCCACUGUUUACCAAAGAUAUCUCGUCGUCGGUAAAGUUGCAAAAAGAAGUAGAUUGGAGAGGUCACGUUGCUACAAUUUACAAUGAUGAGCUUGCUUAUAAGAUUCAAGAGUUGACAAAUAACAAGGAAUGGCUGAAAUACAAUGAUGCCAAUCAAUUUGAUCACAUCAUUGCAUCCUGGAUCAAUAUUUUAGAAUUGCACAAAGAGGAUUCUCAAAAGUACCAGGAUGACGAUGACAUGGAAAAGGUUCAAGAUAGGGCAAUCUUAUUAACAUAUAUAAACUACAACUUAUUGUUUACAAAGCUCAAAAGAGACUUGUUGUUAGCAGGUCAAUUAGUAGCUCAUAAGACUGUCGAAGAUAACAAGGACAUCAUUAGGAUCUACUUGGGCAUAAUUAAACUUGUUGAAGAGCUAAAAGAGCUUCCUGGUGUUUAUAAUGAUGAAGAUUUAUAUCAUUCACUAGAAAACUUGGAAAAGUUUUAUGAAAGCCAAAAGAAUGUUGUCAUUGCCGAGUCAUAUCAAUUCAAUAAUAGAUUUGCCGAGAGUUUAAAGAUCUACAACUUUGUCAAUCAGCAAUUGCAGGUGUCUCAUGACUAUUAUAAAGUUGAAUUCCCAUUCGAUGUUAGUACCAACACUGAGGUUGCCCUUUUCAAGGUGCAUUUGGAAAAGAAAGUUUUGCAAGCACAAGUAAGUGCCCAAUUCGAGCAAGGCAAAAGAGCAGCUUGUUCGAAAUACACAUUCGAAGACAUGAAAAAAUUUCCAAUUGGCUUAGAGGUGAUCAAUUUUGACAAGAUUGAGCCAGUGAUGUGCAAACCAGUCUUGUUUGAUAUUGCUUUCAAUUAUAUAUCACCUACUACAGAUUCUGCACAAUCUGGUCCAGCGCCAACUCCAACAAGUGAAACAAACGCCGAAGAAACAAAGAAGCGUGGAUUCUUUGGAAUUUUUGGCGGACGUAAGUAG